ACGCAGAUUUUGGUAACGGUUUCGAUGCCAGCCAUUAAGUCGAGCCAUUUAACUCCUGAAGUUAAAAACCGAAGGAUCAAGUCAAUAUCCUCUGUAUCAGAGCGGUGACCGGAGAGAAGACUCGCCGGCCGGCCAGGAGGAGAAUCGAUCACUGCAAUUCUUCUAAUCCCCUCGGCGCUUAUUGUGUCUCCGGCUACCUAAUUUCCUGCCAAAAUCAUGACAACAUCAAGGCGCCUUGCAGACCGGAAGGUGGUGAGGUUCGAGAGUAAUAUCAGAAAGAGAGGAGCUGUUCCAGAGAAGACCCUUAAGAAGGGGAAGGAUUAUCCUGUGGGGCCCUUGUUGCUUGGAUUCUUCGUAUUUGUUGUUAUUGGAUCAUCUCUCUUCCAGAUGAUCAGGACAGCAACAGGCGGAGGCAUGGCUUGAUGUGAUGAUCUGAUUUUUGGAUGCUGUUACAGAUUCAUGCUGUCCUCUAUUUCCUUUAUGAUGAACACAAAAGAAUUUUGACAAUAGAAUUGUUACAGUUCUCUUUUGUAACAAUUGCUUGUAAUCUAAUAUAGUUUCACUUACCCGAUUAAGAGUUUGAACGUUUGAAUUUUAUCUUAUUUCACCGGUUGA